CACUCCAUUGCGCUGCGCUUGCAAUCUUGCUGUUGCCAUGUUCAGCGGCAUGUCCGCCCUCCUCUCCUCCCUCGCCCGGCGGCUGGUGCCGCUCCGGCGGCGGAAGAGCAUCACGCCCUCCGGUUUCCCCGCCAGGCGCCCCUUCUUCCCGUGCGGAGCGGGCCACCGCGACGUCAGCGACGACAGCCCCUUCGUCGUCAAGCGCGGCAGGACGCUGAGGAAGGUGGUGAAGCCCAGAAGGGUCGGGGAGCGGAAGCGCGGGCGAGGCGGCGAGCACCUCCUGGACGACGGCGAUGGCGACGAGCCGUGCGUAUGGCGGCGGACGAUACUGCUGGGGCGGAGGUGCCAGCCUCUGGAGUUCACGGGGGCCAUACACUACGACGGCGAGGGGCAGCGGCUGCGGCAGCCCCGCACGCCGCCGCAGUCCUCGCCGCUGCUGAUGAGCCCCGUCCGUCUCCACCCUUCCGAGCUCGGCUACAUGGAUCGCGCGUAGGACGAUCGUCGGCACGUUGGCACACGUCGUACAUGUGUAUGAAUACGGAUGGUGAUGGAUGACAGAGUAGUUUGUGUUUCUCUUUGGUGACUUCAUUUUUCUUUCGUCCUGUAUGUACUGUACUCAUGUGUGAUCGGAUCCACCAUGUUCGAUUUCGAUUUGUUCUCCUGUGGAACAGAGAAAUGGGCAUGACUAGCUAUCAGUGAAA